AUGCAGGCAGCAGAAUGUGCAUCCUGCUGGGAUUGUCUCGAUGCAAUCUGCGAGGAGUCGGAGAUGAUUGCGCAUUUGCAGUCAGUGCUAUGGUGCAGCAGUGAUUCUGAUGCAAUCUUCUGCUCCUCCGAAAAUGAUAGCACAAAUCCAUCUUUUGAUUGCCAAGUGGUUGACCUCGGUUCAGCGACUGAGAGGAACACUGGUAUCAAAAGAAAGAUGCAAGGGGAUGAGCAGAGCAACCAGCACAACAAUGUCCCCGCGGCACUCUCGGCCGCAAAGAAGAGUGGUAACAAGUCAAGAGCUGCAAUGGACUCACAAAGCAACUAUGCAAAGAGGAGAAGGCAUAAGAUCAAUGAGAGACUGAGAGUACUGCAACACCUGAUUCCUAACGGCACAAAGGUUGACAUCAGCACAAUGUUGGAGGAAGCUGUCCAGUAUGUCAAGUUUCUGCAUCUGCAGAUCAAGCUCUUGAGCUCCGAUGAAACGUGGAUGUACGCUGCGCUCGGCUACGAUGGCGUCAACGUCAGGCUUCCCCAUCUUGAAUCUCUGGCUCAGGAAUGA